AUGCUCAGGAGGACGCCGAGAAGUUACGAUGAGAAGGAGUGGACAGUACCGAAAGGACGACAGCAGCGAAAAUCAUGGGGACAACGAAAACGCCAACCGGCAAGGAGAAAGGAGCCGGAGGAAGGGGAGGCGGUUGGCGAGGCAGAGGAGCCCACAACAAUAGGGCAUGUAACAGACGGAGCACAAGGAGAAACGGGACAAAGGGGCAAUGGUGAAGGACGGGAAAUGGGAGAAAGUAACGACCGGGAGAUACGUGAUAGAGAAGCGGGGUGGGAAGGAAGGACCAAGGUGGAAGUCCGAGAGAAAGACAAGGUCGGAGUAGGCGACACAAAAACCGAAUCGAAAGAGCGGGUGGGCAAGCGCGGGCUCACAGAGCAAGGGGGACUAGAUACUAGCGGAACAAGCAAGCGGGGACCAGCAGACAAACGUAAUGUGGACAGAGGCGACAGGAAGAGGCGGAGAGGAGGGCCACCCACAUGGAGGACGGACCGGACCUACAGGACAGAGGGAGGUCGAAGCGAAGCGAAAGCCGUAGCCACCGAGAGAGAGGCCAGGGAAGUGGAGUAUGGAACCGCAAAGCAAGAGGCCGGAGGGGUACAGGAAAGGGGAGGGCCCCAGCGACAGCAGGGAAAAAUGCGAGAGGGCACGCUCCGCUGGAGAAAAAGAGUAAGGGAAGAAGUGCCAGGCCGACGUCGGAAGGGGAAACGGACACACGAGAACGGGAACAAAAGAGAGGAUCAACGGACCCCCCGGGGACCAGCGACCGUGCAAGAGAAACAGAGGCGGGAGGGGUGGGCGGCGUACAACGAGAGGGGAAGGGUGAUUCGCGAACCCGUAAAAGGUGGAAAGGGGAAGACAACGGGAACGGGGAGGGAACCGUGGACGGGAAGCCGCAACGCGCGGCCCAGGUGCAGCGAGGAUAGGAAUAAGAAGAGGGGGACGAGGAGCGCGGAGGCACAGGUGAGGGGAACGACCGAGACACUCAAGCGCAGCGAGGACCCUGAACGAACGCAAGACACACCGUGUCAGACGCCCAAAGAAGAGACAGACGGAAAGAGCGCAAACGUGGAGUGCGCCCGAUGA